UAUACCGGUUGCCUACACACAUGUGCUCGUUUUUACAGCUCGGCGUGGCUCGUAAGGAAUCGAACGUUUUUUCCUAUACGGCUGUGGCAAAAUAACGGCUCUCGUGCAGGUCCAUAUACAUAGACAGCUCAACCGCGAUAUGCGCGUAUGUUUAAACGCUUGCGAUUAACUUAGUUGACACUUUGCUUCGCAGCAGUCUGCGGCCCUUCAGCAUUAUUAUGGCGUUUCUUUGGUUUCUUUGGACGUUAAUGCUAAGAGUCCUUUAAGCCUUUCAGUUUUGCUUGUAUCCGUCGCUGUCAGGUUAGAGAAACUGACAAGCUGUACACCGUACCCAUGCUUGUCCAAUAAAUAACUCGCUGCUACUUUUCCACUUCUAAUAGCAUUAAAACAUGAACGCGACACCGUUGUACUUUCGCAAGCUGUUUUCGGGUGCCCGCGAAGUUAAUUAUGGUAACACGGUGCUCGUGCAGCGCGACAACGGGGAAUGGUGGCUGGGAUAUGUACAGGACAUUAACGGAGACUAUUUCUUCGUGGAUUUUGAUGCCAGUACCAUCAGUGCCCAGUGGAUUCAUACUAAACAUCUCUGGCCACAUCAUUUUCUUUCCAGCCGGAAAAAGUGUAAGCAUUUUUAUGGAAACAAAGUCAUCCAGGUCGCCCUCCGAAGAUCGCCCGGUGAACCACUGGUUUUCCGGUCUGGUACGGUCAAUGAUUGGGAGAACAAUAUGUUCUUUAUUGUGAACGUGGAUAAUUGGGAAAAACCUGACGGAAAAAGCCCACAGGCAACGGCGUGCCACAUCGUGCAUCGCAAUUAUUUUGUCAAAGAUUUUCCACUACCUGAUGAUGGUGACAGUUUCUACGAGCGAACUACCGGAUUCUUGUACAAAAAAUAUGUGCUCAAGUUUCCUGAGGCUCAUUUGUUGCCGGAAGUGGAUUUUUUGCCAGCGUUUUUAGGCCCAAUUAGCCAGUUAGCGGUUAAUCGUAGCCGUGACCCGUGUUGUGCAAACUGUUGCUUCCGAAGGACGGUUCUAAUAGAUAGAAGCAAUUUCGUUUGCCAAAGUUCGCAUGGGCAGCUUUAUCCCAUCGAGCUGGGUUGCCGGGUAUUUGUGCAAGUGGGAUUCGAUUUAGUCACAUUUAUCUGUGCCGAAAUGCAAAGCGACACAGCCGGUCGCAUAAUGUUCUGGAACGAAGAAUCCCUGAGAAAUGCAUGGGAAAAUUAUCUCGCUGAAAAGCAAAGGAGUGGCUCCGUUAACGUGGACAGGACACUGCGCAACGCUUCGAAUUACGGACAGCAGAACGAUGUGGAAAUGUCCAUCAGCGACCUGCCGCAUCCCAUCGUAACAUAUAUCUUGCUAAGUUUGGAUAUUAAUUCUCAGUUACAAGCAAGCCGGGUAUGUGCACUGUGGAGGCUCCUUGCCCAGAAAAUAAACGACACCGGGCACAUUUUCUUCGAUAUGUGCACGACAUGCACAAGGCGUCCACAUGACGAGGAGUCGUACGCAGUGUAUACUCGCUAUCUCACUUACCAGCUGGUAACCACGCUGGACGCCGUUCUUUCGGGACGCACUCAUACCUUAGCGCUGACUACUUCCGGGAAUCACGUUCACGCGGCGAAUGAUGUUCAUGCACAGAUAUGGAUGAUCAAAUCGCUACUGCAAACUAAGGGCCUUUGCCUGUCUGGUAUUAUUGUGAAAAACUGCCUAAACUGCGAUCAGGCGUCUUUCCUGGCCAUCAGCCGCAAUCCCCGCAGCGGCUACUUCGAGUGUGUUUCGCUGGCGGAGCUGAUGACCGUUUGUAAAGAUCUGGUGCUGGUCAAUUACAACGCAGCGGAUGCCAUCACUUUAUCAGCUCAUGAAAUACUGUUUUUGGACAGGGCAACGGGUAAGCCCACGUCCGAGACGGCAUUUCUGCGCCAGGAUAUGCUGGAAACUCGGUGCGAUGUGUUCAUUCCGCUAUUACGCUUUCGCUCCACGGAAACGACGGUAGAACAGCGACGGGGGUUUUUGGCAGCAGCCAACGCACACUGUCCGCCCGUUAGUACGCGAGUUUUGGCAAAGGUCACAGCGAUGCAUGCCCGUUGGGUGCAGACGCUGGCCUAUCCCGACCAAUGGAUCCGCAUUCGCACUUUCCUGCGGCUGUUCAACGAAUUUUCCUCGAAUGGCCAUCCACAGCGUUGGGACGCGAUGGAUAUCCGACAGCUACCCAUAGACAUUGCCUCGUUGACCAAGGUGACCUUUUUAGCCCUUGAUAGGUGUUUCAAAGACUGAAUUUUAUGAAACGAAACGCGGUCAAACUUCUAGCAAUUCCAUCUUAAGUUUAAUAAUCGAAAACUUAAAAUGUCUCUGGCGCACGCCAUCAUUUGCAUGGCUCGCCCGCGUUUUUUCCUACCUUUAAUUCGGUGGUUUCUGGAUGUUUCGUUCAAAUCGGCCCAGGCGCUGCGGAGCGCAGGAAUUCCGAUAAUAAAAUCAUUAAAAUGUAUGGAAUGCCUUUGGCAUUCGCCGAUUUUGUUCGAC